CUUGCCAAAAUGCGGCCCUCGCUUCCAUUUAUCAGGGGAUCGGCUACGUUCUCGCUGAAUUACGAAUCGGAUGCAGACAGGAGACGCGCGGUCAGUGCUAAAAGGUCGCGGUCGGUGGAUUCGCUUCUCAGACAUCAAAAGGGAAUUCAAUUGAAGGAGAAAAAGUCCUCGAUAGACCACACAUCGCGUGGGAGUGUCAAGGAAGGCACAGAUAAUGAUAACGAACACGAAUCGACAUCAACUGAGAACGAAUCUACGACCGCAGUUUCGGAGUCGGAAAUAACUUCUAAACUAGACCUCUCGCAAAAGGAAACUGUGGUCUCGUUAUGUCCCGUUGUGCGUAUUCAGCGGUAUCGCCAAGCCUUGGCCAGGAAAUGGACCACCGAAGACCCUUCGCAAUCAUCCACUGACACUGAUGAGAACUUAAAAACAGAAGAGCUUAAUAAGAAGACCAUCUCUUACGAUCCCUGCUCAAAUGUCUUUCGUGUUCGUUCGAAAUCUUGGGCUGGAGAGUGUCAGUCGGAGGGGCAUCCUCUGCGUUCUGGUCGAAGUGAGAACCAAGGUGUAUUGCUGUUCUAUAUGGGCAAGACUCAAGAUCAGCCAGCUGCUGGUGACUAUGGCAAGUCAGAGUUACACUCCUGCAUCUGUACCCCCUCGCAGCCCCCCAGCCCUAUGUGCUCCACUUUAAAUGAAGAAGAAGAUGAUGAAAAUCGGAUGAUAUAUCUAAAACGUUUCAUGGUUUGGUUGACGUUUGUGAUCAAACUAAUUCUGUUCACAUCGCUGUGGGUCCUGUUGCUGUACUGGUUCCUGAUGAGCGCCGGGUUUGUAAAUGUGAACGAAGUUGAUCCUCGGUCGGAUCAGAUAGAAUGGAAUACAUACAUCGAAAAGUACCAAGAUUUUAAAUUUCUGCCCAUAAACAACACUUACGACACUGUUGAGUUGGAAGUGCGGAUGCAAGGUCCGUUUGGUGACUCCAAUGUGUUUUUCAACUGCCAGUUUGAGAGGUUAUAUUAUCAUAAGGAUAAUUUCAAUCGCACAGAUGUCAAGAGAGACGACGCAGACGAUGUCGAGGUCGACCACAGAAUAUACGAGGACUCGUAUUCCGCCGUUACUAGCACUACAACUAGAAGGACUAUGUCGUACACGCACACGACCACAUAUUGGGGGACGAAGUAUUAUACUUAUUCAUUCAAGUUUUUUCUUGUAUUUCCACGAUUUUUAAUCGUUUUAUGUUACAUUUCUGGUGAUUGUCCCUACAUACCAAUCGUGGUUACAAGAACUAUGUGGACAAAGAGCACUAGAACAAGGACCUCGUCGAUGACCUGGUGGACUUUCACGACCAUAACAGCCAGGCUGACCCGGUACAACCUGUCCCGGCACCCCAUGACUUCGUUCACGGUACAGGAGCCAUACAACUUCGUGCCCUGGGGCAACGUGCGGAUGUAUGGAUACACCUUCAGCAGCUUCAGAGCUGUGGAUGGGAGGUAUCACGGCCAUAGACAUUACGCCAACACCACGGCGGAUUCGAACGUAACUGUCACUUAUGGAAUGCUUUACGCGUUGAACAUGACAACGGUGAAGGACUUCAUCAACAACACGGCGCUGGACGCGGUCGCCUUCGCCAUAGAGAUAACCAAGGGCAGAGGGCGCACCUCCACUUCGACGACGCCGGAGCCACCUAACGUGAUCUCGCCGGCAGAUGGCGUCAAAUACAGCCUAAUUGUUAUCGGCUUGAUACUAGCUUUGUUGUUUUUGCAGACGAGUCGCGUGCUAGCCCUGUUUAUAAUGGCAGUGGCGUGCAUGUCCAUAAUGGCCUAUCUGAAGAUCAAACCUGGUGCAGAUACAAUCGCGACUUGGCUGAACCUGGACUACAUAUUGGAGCUGUUAUAUGUAAUGACCCUGGUCGCAGCGACGACGGAGACUGGACUGUAUGACUUCCUAGCUGUCAUCAUUUAUAAUAUAUGCGCAAGAUCAAUAUUUGGCAUCACGUUUGUAAUGUGCGCACUGUCAUUCGUGUUAGCUGCGUUCAUGGAUUGUGUGGCGGCCAUAUUAUUCCUGACGCCGCUAGCGAUAAGCGUGAUGACGGGCGCCCUAGCAAAUAAAGUAGCUAUCUCGCCAAAUAACUCGGCCGAGCGCUCGGCCGUGCACUCGUCGUAA